AAGAAAAUGGCGGAUCAGCUCACCGACGAUCAGAUCUCUGAGUUCAAGGAAGCCUUCAGCUUAUUCGACAAAGAUGGUGACGGUUGCAUUACCACCAAGGAGCUAGGAACUGUGAUGCGUUCUCUAGGACAGAACCCAACAGAAGCUGAGCUCCAAGACAUGAUCAACGAAGUCGACGCUGACGGUAACGGAACCAUUGAUUUCCCUGAGUUCUUGAACCUCAUGGCUCGUAAGAUGAAGGACACUGACUCCGAGGAAGAGCUUAAAGAAGCGUUCCGGGUUUUCGACAAGGACCAGAACGGUUUCAUCUCAGCUGCUGAGCUCCGUCAUGUGAUGACUAACUUAGGUGAGAAGCUCACUGAUGAAGAGGUUGAUGAGAUGAUUAAGGAAGCUGAUGUUGAUGGUGAUGGUCAGAUUAACUAUGAGGAGUUUGUUAAGGUCAUGAUGGCUAAGUGAUUGUGGUUUUUGGUUUGCCUCUAUCUGUCUUACUAAAACUCUGUUAUGUAAUUUUUAUAUUGCUUUAUGUAUGUUCUUAAAUUUUUAUUCAUGGGACUCGGUUCUGUUUUCUGGUUGUUUUAAGACCAAAUGGUAUCUCUUUUAUGGUUUGUGUGAAGUCUUGCUUUUGUUUUGUAAGUUGUGUAACUUCCUCGUCUAGUUUUGUGGUUUCUUAUUAAUUCUAGCAAUGCAUUGUAUGAGAAGUUGAAUACGUACAUUCUGAACCAAGCAUUUGCC